UUGCUGAGGAGUUUACGGACGCGUCAGGGGCUUUCUCCCCCCCUCAGUUAUCCCCCAGUUUACCUUCGGACGAGCCUGUAAUGGACUAUUCCAGUUCUCCCAGCAACCUGGACGGAUUUUGAGAAACGUUUGCAUUUUUAGCUCCUUCCUUAAAAGAUUUUCUCCAUUCAAGUCAGCAGGAUGGCUGAAAAGGAGCCCGAAUCAUCUGGAAAACUAAAGACAUUAUUAUAGCCAGAAUUGUCUUUUUCGGAAUAGGGGGCCUAUCCGAACGGACAAUUUCUUUUUACAACUUUCCCCUCUGUGGAUAAUGGAUGGCAGAGAUUUUGGACCUCCCCGAUCCGUCCACGUUCCACCUCCGUUGUUGGCGGGGCUCGCAAUGGAGUCUCACCGACUCGGAGCAGCAGCAGCAGCCGGGAGGAUCCCUCCCUCACCCGGUCACUUGGGCGCGAGUCAUCCGCCGUCUCUCCACUCUGGAAAAUUCUUGCCAUCGGCCAUUAACCUGCAUCCACACCACAGUGAUGCCUUCCCGACAGGCUCCGGUCCUUUCCUGUCAGGCUAUCCGGGCCCCUCCCCCCUGACCUCUGACCCUGCGUACAGAUCGGCCAAUCCCAGCAGUCUGCAGAUGGCUCAGCUCUGGGCAUCACACGCACAUGAAGGCUACCCUCCGCUGCCAAGCAGCCUCUACUCCAGCCCCUACCUGUCCCUGGGGCACCUCGAUCCCCCCUCGCUCUCCCAGCACCCUCUCUACGACUCACAUAAAGAGGGUUUUUACCUGCCAGCCUCUUUGAGCCAGUCACCGCUCCAUCCUCCGGCUGCACCCCCAGCCGCCCCGUCCAGCUCCACGCCCCCUCAGAGGACGCCACGGGAUUGCGGUAGAGACCGGCCCUACCGGGGGGAGAGGGAGAGAGACAGGGAGCGAGAGCGGUCGAGAGAGGAGCAGCGGCCACACAGCGUGGUAGACCUGACGCAAGAUGGGAGGAGCGAGGAGGACCGCCGGGCGAGGAGCGGAGACCGGGAACGAGAGAAAGAAAGGGACCGGGACAUGGAGAGAGACAGAGACAGAGACAGCUGGUCUUUCCAUCCUCACCUCCACCAGCAGAAAACACACUCUCACCCCUCCACAGUGGAGGCCAGAUCCAGGCCAUCACCUCCACAGCCCUCCUUCCCUCCAGGUGGGGGCAUGGGCAGGUUCCAUGGACCAGAAACUGACAGAGGGGGUCGGGAUGAAGAGAGCGGCUCUCGACCCCAUCACAACCAUAACUCUAACGCUAACUCAAACAACUCAAACUCUCAAUCAGACAGACAGAGGAGGAAUGACUCUGUGGCCACGUCAGCUGGGACCCUCCACAUCUCCUACGUCCUUCCCCCGGCGCUCCAGCCCUCUGUUGCUGGUCCGCCCCACCCCUCCACACCCAGAGAGCCUAUCAGAGAGCAGCGAGUCAGUGCACCGACAUAUGUGCCUUCUGUGGAGGUUUAUGACGAGCGGGUCGGGCCCAUCCAGAUUGCCUCACAGGCCCGUGACAACAAACACAGUGACAAACACCGAGACAGAGAAAGAGAGCGAGACAGAGAACGAGAGCGGGAGAGAGACAGAGAGCGUGAACGGGAGCGAGACAGAGAACGAGAGCGGGAGAGAGACAGAGAGCGUGAACGGGAGCGAGACAGAGAACGAGAGCGGGAGAGAGACAGGGAGCGUGAACGUGAGAGAGACAGGGAAAGGGAGAGCUACAGGUUUCCUGAGAGGAGCCUGAUGGAUCAUCCUCGACUCUCCCAGUCUAGCGAACCAAGCAAUCAAAGAGAGGAAGGUUCUGUCAUUUGUUCCAAUGGUUCCAUUGGUAAACGAGGCCAGGACACAUUGUAUUCCUCCAGUCAAUCAAGGUUCAGCCCAGAAACCAGGGACAUCUCUAAACACUCAAUACGAUUGGGUAUAGAGCGGGCAGGGGCAGAGCCUAAGUGGAAUAAUAUCAGCCCAUUGGCUAACUAUGCCACAACUCACAUGGCUGCUCUGGCGGCCCAACACGGACACACACUCUCCUCACCCCACAGCCAGCCAACACACACACAAAUGUCCCAUUCCCCCCACACAACUCACCGGUCCAACAAUCACCCACACUCCCACAGCCAUUCCCCCCAGACACACCCCUCCCAACACGGACAUGGGCGCGCAGGUGAGGAGGGGAGUCAGAGACGCUACCUGGACCCAUCAGCUCUCUACCGACCUGGGGGGUCACUUGCGGGAGGGUCUGGAGGUGGAGAGCGAGGUGGGGGAACUGGCUCUGACCCCACAGAGGUUUCAGCCAUGCAGAGUCUGAUUAAAUACAGUGGAAACUUUGCUGCUGAAAGCUCCGGGUCUUCCAGGCACGCCGCGGACGGCCGAGGGCCUUUUGGGGGUCUGGGUAACAUUGGCAUGGAAGCUGAAAGGGAGAGGGAAAAAGAAAGAGAGCGGGAAAGAGAAAGAGAGAGGGAGAGAGACAGGGAAAGGGUAGCGGUUGGACCAGGUGGCUCAGGAGCGUUGAGGGUCCCUCCCCAGCUGAAGAGAGAGCAGGAGCGGCCGGACAGCGCCCGCUCGUUUGGCCGGGAGGGCGAGGGCGAGGUGCGCCACCCUCCAGUUGGCAUUGCUGUGGCUGUGGCCCGACAGAGAGACAGUGGGAGCAGCAGCAAACCAACCACUGGACCUUCAGACACACAGAGACCCCUGCUGCAAACAGCCAUCAAAGAUGAGGAGCGAGGGGAGGACCGCGCUCGUCACCAUGAUGACAGACUGCUGGCCGGCCGACUGGAGCGUGAACAGGAGAAAGUGCUCAGAGAGUCCAAAGAGCUGGCAGAGUUCACUCAAAUGCACCCUGCCCCUUUGUCUAGCGGCCUGACACCAAGUAUGAUGACGCCCAGCCUCAUGACCCCCAACCUUAUGGUAACAGGAGGGGCUGCCCUGGCAGGGGCGGGGCGUUGGCCUCCAGACCCCUCAACUCUGACCUCUCAUCCCUGGAUGCCCCGACCUGGAGCCCCCCCAGUCUGGCUCUCCAGCACACCAUACAGCCUUGGUCCCUCCUCGCUCCACCAGACCCUCCCUCCAGGCUACCCGCCCUCUCUGCCAGGCUCCUUACCCCCUUCCUACCAGUUUGCCAGAGACCCACAGUCUGGACAGCUAAUAGUCAUCCCUACUGAACACCUGCCACACUACGGAGGCGAUGUGCUGGAGCGUGGAGCCCCAGUGUGGUCGGGGGUAUACGGUACAGGCGGCUCGCUGCAGCACGCGGCCCAGCUCCAGCUCCUCUCCCAGCAGCAGAUGCUCCGGCAACAGGAGCUGCUCAUGAUCCAGCAGCACACAGUCCAGGUCCUGGAGCUGCAGAGGAACGCACAGCUAGUUGAGCGUUUAAAGGCCAGCGAGCAUCGGCCAGAGGUAGAAGACAAAGCAGACAAGCGGAGCGUAGACCCCAAACCCAGACCUUCCUCAAUAUCUUCCCCGUCUCCUUCCCCCGUCCUGCAUCCUCGCAAACCUCCCCCUCCCUCUCGUUCACCGACCCCGUCCACGUCCUCGCUCACCCCGCUGCCUCCGCACCCCUCGCCAGUGACCACCCUCAAGUCAGAGGAAGGGGGGCAGAGGGUGUUGGCGCACCCGCCGACACCCCUGCCCCACCCGCCAUCGCCACGUUCAGCCUCUCCACCCCCAUCUUCGCCGCGGCGGCCUAAACAGGAGGCGACCGAGGAAGGGGAGGUGGGACGGAGAGAGCAGAGGGAGGGACAGAAGCCGGCCUCUGGACCCUUUCCAGGCAUCUACUCUGAUCUCCCUCCAGGUUACCCCUACCAGUCUAUCACUGCACCAUUUGGCUCUCCUUUCCCCCCUUACCACAUCCCAGCACCUGCAGGGGCAAACACAGAACUCGUCCCACCCCACCGCUCCCGUUCUCCAGCCUCAGCUGCCCCUUUGCCCUCACCACACCUCCAUUCAAGGCUCCUGAAUUCAGACAUCAAGCCACAGAAACUAGAGCCGUCAAAGAUCGGGUCAUUCCUCAAACAGGAACCGGGUGUGGAUCGGCCUCAGCUGGCCAUGAUGCCAGAACCUCUGGGCCCCCUUCGCCGGAGCUGCAGCCCCAUCCGAGCCAACCAAGACAGAGAGACGGACAGAGAAGCCCCCAAGCCCCAAGCUCAGCCGUUACCUCUGUGCGUCCCCAGUCCUCCACCUCAACAAAGUGAAAGACUGGAAGAUGUCAGGGAGGAAGAGAAGGAAGGAGGCCAAAUCAAAAUGGAAGUGUCAUCUUAUUCAUGUCAGGCAGCAUAUCCUCUACCCCCUCCGCUCACAGAGGCUGAGCCUAAACCAAAGGUCAUCAAGGAUCCGGAGCGAGCACGAUAUCCUUUGUGCAUCACUGCAGAUUCAGAGAGCCAGGAAUCAGCACCGAAGUUGGUGUCACUAGAGCAAACCACCAGCACAGCGUGUGAACAACAGCAGCCAGACACUCCAAUCGACUCGCACACUCCCAGCCAGAAAGACAGUGGAGCUGAAACCCCCAUUUAUCCUCCUCCCGCCUCCGACUCUCCGCUCCCGCUGGUCAUCGGUCCUGAGGAUCCCAUGGCUGGGAUGCUCGCCCUGCUGACAGCCAGUGAGAUGGCUGCCCAGGACCGCCCCAGCACCCCACCUGCCCCAAUACUCGUACGGCAGAUUGAAAACCCUCAGGUGGGGGCGGAUUGCAGCAGCGCGGGGCCUCUGGAGAUGGUGGCACUGGAGGGGAUGGCCCUGCUUAGCCAAAUGGCUCAGAGAGAGAUGGAGAACAUCAGCCAGGAGCAAGAUCUGACAUUAGGGGGUCUGGACUGUCUUCUUGAAGCAAGCCGACAGAUCCUGUUGGAGGCCAUAGAGAAACAGUCCCACAUUGAUCUGCCCAGAACGCUGGAUCCCAACAAGAAAUACAGCUGGAGGCAAAGGAAGGAGGAGCCGCUGUACAGUAAAAUGUCUGUGGACAUGUUGGACACAGUCGAAGUGGAAUACCGUGUCCGCCUGGCUGAGCUGCAGAAGACAUAUAAGGAGAAGCAGAGAGAGCUGAGCAAGCUGCAGAGACGCAGAGACAAGCAUGAGCGGCAGCAGCAGGAGGAUGAGAGGCGGAGUCUGACCAGACGGGGCAGAGGGCGACCCAGGAAGAGAAAACAUUUGGUCACGCCUCCCAAACUGGAUAGCAGGCCUGGAAAGGUGGGUAGGACAGUGCAAUACUCUGAGGACUCUGAAGCUGGGGAAGGACAGAGGAAGAGGUUCCGGGUGUCUAGAGAAGAGGAGGAGACGGAGGCAGGAAGUGGAGGAAUGAAGGUGAAAAAGAAGAAAAAGAAGAAGAGCUGGAAUGACCAGGAGCCAUCCACCAGUCAUGCUCUGGAGGUGUUGAAGGCGAAGCGCGGCCACGUGUGUGAGCAGGAGCAGCUGGCGUCAGACCUCGACAGAGCUCUUUCGCUCUCGCAGCUCAGCUCCCUCGGCGCAUCCCGCAAACUUAGCUCCAACUCAAAAUUAGACAAGUCAAAGGGCAAGUCCGCUGACAGUCGGACAAAGGAGCGCGCCAUCCAUUCCCCUGCCAAAGGAGGGAAACACAAGAUGUCCACCAAGGCUUCCUCUUCAGAGACCGUCCAGAAGGUUAAAGGUCAGAAGAAGACUGCUUUGUUCUCUCCUAUGAGAUCAGAGCUCAGCAGCUGCUCCAACAACUCAGAUUCAGAGGAGCACAAUUCUGCUCGAGGGGGCUGGCCCCCUCUCUCAGGGACACGUUCCCAUGGCAACCUGACCAGGAAGAGGCGGUCCGCAUCGUCGCCGACAUCCCUGCUGUCCAGUCAGAAGUCUCAGAAGAAGAAACACAAGCACUUAUCCCUGCUGCUGGAGGAAGCGGGCCUCAGCUCCUCUGAUGACUCCUUCGACCAAGAAACCUCAGAGGACGAUGAAGACGACAACGAGGAGGAGUCCGACUCAGACGACGGCGGCUGUGAGGAGAGUGGGCUGGGUCUGCUGGCUAGGUUUGCGGCGAGCGCUCUCCCUGUCAGCUCGACCCCUUUGAGCCUCCUCCAUGACGGCAAACACCGCAGCAGGCAAAGCACUCUGGGUUCAUCAGAGUGCGAGUGGUCAGACUCUGGCUCAGACUUGCGGCUGAGAAAGUUUCCCUCCCUGCUGCACGGCAAACGCUCCGCCCCAGAGCUCCCCCUGUUGCCCCCAGCAACCCGCCGCACCGACCAGACCAGCCCCACUAAGCGAGACGAGGCGCUUCCGGUCAAACGCAAACCCCUGCCCAAGCCGCGCCCCUCGCCUCGGUCGCCCCGGCGGUUCAGCUUCGACCUCGCCGCCGGCCCCGGGUUCGGAGGCUUCAGCGAGGAUGAGGGCUGGAACCGACGACGCAGUGAGAGGAUCUUCCUCCAUGACGCUACCACUUCUGCCAGUCAGAUGUCCGUGCCGGCCCCUUGUUCGACCAGCCAGAGCUCCUCCUCCUCCAGCUCAGCCCCACCUCUCACCCCGAAGCCCACCUCCAGACCCAAGCCCACUCCGCCCAGCAGAGAGGGGAAAGAUGUGGUGAAAAAAAAGAAGUCGAAGGACUCUCCUCUGCCCAUGAGCCCGUCCACUCUGUGCAGUCCAAUCACAGACAGCCCUGUGCCUCUGAGCCCUGCACGCAAGAGCCAACCAAAAGCCAGGACCAAGGCCAGAGAGCCUUCCAGGGGAGCAGUGAGCCGGCUGAUGGAGAGCAUGGCAGCAGACGAAGACUUCGAGCCCAACCAGGACAGCAGCUUCAGCGAAGACGAGCUCCUCCCACCUCGCAGCAACAGUGUAUCAGAGAGGUCCUCCACACCCGCUCCAGUGCAGUGCGUGCUGGAUAAGGAUUCUCUGGUGGACGGACUCAGAGUUUUGAUCCCGAUGGACGACCAACUGCUGUACGCUGGACACGUGAACACCGUACACUCCCCUGACAUAUACAGCGUGGUGGUGGAGGGGGAGAGAGGGAACCGACCACACAUCUACUGUUUGGAACAACUGCUGCAGGAAGCUAUCAUUGAUGUGAAGCCUCCAUCCGUGCGCUAUCUCCCAGAGGGCACCCGCAUUGCAGCCUACUGGAGCCAGCAGUACCGCUGCCUUUACCCUGGCACUGUUGUCAAUGGAAGUUCAGAUAUCGACGAGAAUGACGACCUUAUCACGGUGGAGUUUGACGAUGGCGACACAGGCCGCAUCCCCCUCUCCCACAUCAGACUCCUGCCGCCAGACUACAAGAUCCACUGCGCUGAGCCGUCCCCUGCUCUGCUCGUGGCCAGCUGCUCCAGGAGGAGAGUCCGCAAAUGCAGCAAAGAGGGCAAGGAAGCAGGAACCAAACCAGAGGAGACCACUCCAAAGAUAAAAGGAAAACCUGGUCGCAAACCAAAACCCAAACCAGAAACCUCCAUGAAUUCAGAUGGCCGGGAGAAAACUGAUCCUCCGCCUUCCUCCACCCAGCCUCCGGAGAGACUCCAGGCUCCAGCUAAACCUGCACAGGACAGGACCCCGUCUGUCCAGAAGGCUGGUCAGGAGAAGCCCCGCCCCGCAUCCCGGCCGACAAUGGGAACCCAGGCAAAACCAGGCCGUAAAAGCUCCACCACGUCCCCCGUGAGCAGCCCUACCCUUCCCAACCCAGUGCCCAGGAAGAGCAGCUCGGCCGUCCAGCCUGCUACUUCUAAACCGGCCCGCUCCCUCCCUCCCUCCCUCUACCCCUCCACCUAUGGAAAAGUCCUAACUGUGGAUCUGUACAGCGAGCCCAACCUCAGCUCGUACAACAACCAGCGCAGAGAAAGAGAGAGUAACAGCAGCGUCAGUCCCACAGCCAACAGACCCAUGUCCAGACCCAUGGCAACAUCUGCCGCGCCCAAGCCCAGUGCUUCAUCCACGCCCAGGCCCACCUCUGCCUCCACGCCCAAAACCAAACAGUCCUCAGACCAUCACGGCGGCUCCAGACCCGGCCUCAGCUCUGGACUCAUUCCCAGCCCCAUCUCCAGACUGUCAACAGGCAAACCCAGCUCUACUCUGACUCCCAGACCUUCAUCAUCAUCGUCAUCCUCACUGUCGUCAUCAUCAUCAUCCAACCCCAGACCUAAACUUAAGAUGCCAUCCGAACAGUUGUCCCCCAGCUCCAGACCAAACCCCAUCUCCAGGCCCAAGCCCAGCCAAGGGCAGAGUGACGGGGGCUCUGCAGUGAGGCGGAAGCCCCUGUCUGCAGAGCCUCUCGUGAAGCUGGACCACGAAGGUGUCACCUCACCGAAGACCAAGAAGACCAAGGCUUUGAUGUUGCUCGAGGGUCGGGGCGUUAGACGAGAUCACGCCCCCAUCGCCACGGCCUCGACCAAUCAGAAACUGCUAAAAGAUAAGCUGAGAGCUCCAGAAAGAGAGAGCCUGCCAGAGAAAGACUCCACCUACAAAGCACCAAUGCUGGCUAAGGAGAAGGCAGACAGUCGCGGAAGAGGACCGGAGAUGGACACCAGAGAGGAGAAAGUUAAAAAGGAAGAAAGAAAGGAGGUGGACAAGAGAGAGGAGAGAAAGAUCAAAGAGGAAUCUCAGAGCAGCAGCAGCUCAGAGUCGGAAGAAGAAGCAGAGAAAGGGAAGAUGAAGAAAAAGAAGAAAUGCACCUCAAGCUGCUCUUCCUCCUCUUCAUCCUGCUCGGGAUCCUCCUCGUCCUCUUCAUCAUCUUCGUCCUCGUCAUCCUCGUCCUCCACUGACGACUCCUCCUGCAGCUCAGAUGAAGAGAGGACCCCUACACCUCCACCGGGCCCCGUCUCCCCGCCUCCAGCGCCGGACAAGCCAAAAGAAGAGACGAAAGAGGAAGAGGAAGAACAGGAGGUAAAGAAGGAGGCAGAGGUGAAGGUGGAGGAGGAGGAAGAACUGUCACCUCCCUCACAGUCUCCCUCUCCGUCAACCUCUCCGACCCCCGCUGCUUCUGCUCCUACUAAACCUGUUAAACCGGCCACAGGGAAAGGCUCCGGGCAAAGAGGUCGUCCUCCAAAACCGAAGCCCAGCGGAGGAGAGGGGAAGGUGGGGAGACCAAAGCGGAGAGAGGGGGUUCACCUCCCCACCACCAAGGAGCUGGCUAAACGUCAGAGGCUUCCCAGUGUGGAGAACAGGCCCAAGAUUUCUGCUUUCCUUCCAGCCAGACAGCUCUGGAAGUGGUUUGGAAAACCUACUCAGAGACGUGGUAUGAAGGGCAAAGCUAAGAAGCUCUUCUAUAAGGCCAUUGUUCGUGGCCGAGAGAUGAUCCGCAUCGGCGACUGUGCCGUGUUCCUGUCUGCUGGCCGGCCCAACCUGCCCUUCAUUGGCCGUAUCCAGAGCAUGUGGGAGUCCUGGGGCAGCAACAUGGUGGUCAGGGUCAACUGGUUCUACCAUCCAGAGGAGACAAACCCCGGCAAGAAACUCACUGACAAGAAGAACUGGGAUCAGAUGUGCGGUCAGUCUUUACCAGCAGCCCUGCACUCUUCUAUCCAGAGGAAAGACUUCAUGGAGCGUGCCCUGUACCAGUCGUCUCACAGCGACGAGAAUGACGUGCAGACGGUCAGCCACAAGUGCCUGGUGGUAAGUGUGGAUGAGUAUGAGCAGAUGACCCACACACGCCGCUACGCCGAUAGUGAAGACCUCUACUACUUGGCCGGCACCUAUGAACCCACCACUGGCAUGAUCUUCAACACAGACGGAGUCCCAGUCAUAUGCUAAAACGAAAAACACAAACAUGUACGAGUCGCUGAAACCAAAUCGUGGACUGACUUACCAACUUUGGACCUCACUGGGAGUCAAACACAACCCGUGGUCUUUCCAAGUCUAAUCACUGAUCUUCACUCACGAUGGAUCUUUUCUCAGCCGUGACUCAAUGAACUGAACCGCUCCGAUACCAUGAUACACUUCAAACAAACUGUCAUGAACAGCUACUACUACUACAGAGACAGGAGACACUACAGACAGUAUUAAAAGGAACAAGUCUCCUGAAACAUUUGCACACACAGACUCCAUCAACACAUACUGUUUUGCUUCUUGUGUUCAUGGGAAAGUUUCAGAACACGUAUGAGUACUUCAGUCUCCAUUUACAUGUAAAUAUACCCUGCAUAAACACAGACACAUAUUUACACUCACAUGCACAGACACAUGUAAAUACUCACCCCCAUGUAACACACACACACAGUUAUAUAGAGGAAAAUAUGAGUGUUUUAUUUUCAUGUAAUAGAUUUAUGUCAGAGUACUUUUUUCUAAAGAGGUAAACAGUCAAGAAGCUUUAAUGAACUGUGAAUGAUGAUACAGGAGAGAGGCUCGUGUCUGUCCAUCCGUCCUCUCCUGCCCCCGGCAGGACGGACAGACAGAUGCGCGCACACACACGCCGGUGGUGUGACGUUGUGAUUAUGAUGUUGCCGUGGUGAUGUUACAGUCAUGUUACAGUCAUAUAAAUGUAUCUACAGAACAGCAGGAGCGACAGACAGACGCAAAAAGAGAAAGAGAUGCACAGAAAGAGAGAGGUAGAGACUCCUUCCAUUGCUGUCCAACAGAGAGCACUUAAAAAACACUUAAACUCUGUCCUCCUUUAAUUUAACCCCUUCAGUUCCCCUUGACAAUCCUAACUCGGGCAGGCAAACUGUCCGUGAGCUACUAAAACUUCUGACUCCCUCAGAGACUCAGGCUUAAGAGAGAGGAAGGAAUCUUGUACUAUUAAAAGCACUUCCCAUUUUCAUCUUUGAGUUCCUUAACUUAAAGGAAAAAUCCACCCAGAGACACUUUGAACACUAUGAAACAAAAGCAGCUGCUGUUGAUGUAUCUUUUUUUGUUGUUCUGCCCAUUUUGCACUGAGGCUGAACAACAGUACAGGGAAAAAUGGAUCAUACAGGAGGUGCCACAAGAUGUGGUGCGUCCAGGCCUGUGUGGGGGGUGUUGAAAAGCAUUCUGGGAAACGUAGAACACCCUUUUUUUGUAAGAAAAAUUGGGAAUGGGUAACCAAGUAAAGUAAACUACAACACUUGACUCACAAAGUAACUCCAUGAAUGCACUGAACAAGACAAGCUGGUAUAUAAACAGUGUAGGAGUCCCAGCGGGUGGAUUUUUCCUUUUAUUUUAAGGUGUUUUCAGGGUUGUAAAGACUGCAGUCAGUCCAAGAUGCAUCAAGGUCAUGGCACUGAUACACAGUAUAAAGCUGCCAGCACUGAUUAGAUCAACAUAACUCAAUUUUUAACACUCAUCUUCCACAGUUUGGCUUCAUUCAUUCAGUUUGGCUGCAGUGUUUGCAACCUCUAAAUGUCCUGUGUUAAAUGUCUCUUAUAUUUCUUUUGCUUCUGCUGUUUUAUGGAUGUCCAUCUUACCCUCCUAUGAUCACAUUUCUCCCUCCAGGCAAUCAUAUUUGACAUGAGUGCACUUUGAAUGAGCUCCGCUGCGGAGGAGACUCUGACUGGGAGUCCUGUAUGUCUUCCUAGAGAAUUUGAUAAACCCCACCCCACUUUCCCACCGCUCUCGCUGCCUCUCCUCUGCAUGCAGUGAUGCCCCUUUGACCCUUAGCCACAGACAAACAAACAAACAAACAAACACACGCGACCACGUCCCUUUUACACGUUGUUCUUUUUGUGUCUCUUAGCUGCUUUUGAAUUUUUUCUAUGUGCCUAGUUUAACCGUUUUUUAGGGUGAGACUGUUGAAUGUCGUGCUCAGGGUUGUGAGCGUUUUGGGUGGCCUUACUCUCUCAGGCCUUAUGAUGAUGAUUCGUCAAAUCACUCUCUUAGGUCCCGCCCCCUACUCCCGCCCAUUAUCCUCGGCUCAUUUAGGUGCUGGGGAGAAAUCAGAUUGGUAUUUUCUCCAGUCUGCUGAGAUUGGGAAAUACCGUUCUUCUUUGUGAUUUAUAGUUUAAACAACCCUCCGUUCCUGAGCUCUUAACCCACUUAGUUACACUAUUGUGUAUAAAGUGUGUAUCAGAUAUAUCUGUAUCUAUAUACAGUAUAUAGUAUACUGUAUAUACAGAAUAUAUCUGUGAUUAUCGUGUUGAUUUUCUUGUAUGUUUCUUACCACAUUGCCCUCUCUCUGCUUAACUGCAGAGAUUGAAGAUUGUCUUGUUGAUAUUCAAUAGGUUUAAUAUUUUCUACUCUCUUGA